ACGGCCGGACAUGACGUAUUUAGGCACCACGAAUCGAUUACCGACGUAACGGAUUUGUUCAUGCUAAUUUAAGAGUUAAAUAAUUAUAUUUAUUGUCCACAUUAUAUAUUUUAUUCUAAAUAAUUAAGCAUUGAGUGUUUGUUGCCUUUUUUCCUCCAUGGAACCCUGAACGUCCUCGUUGAGUUGAUAAAAGCUGCUCCGGGUUGAUUAGUUUCGUCUGUUGCGUCUGAAAUAGCAGGAAAGAAGCGUCCUAAUAGACGCAUGUUAACAACUAACUGAACGCUGCUUUGUUUUUGUUAACUUUACAUCUUCACCAAUUCACCGCCUCUCUGUCCGCGUGCAGCCAUGCUGCCUCUGAAGGACGGAGACAAAGCCAUAGUCCACAAGCUGCUGUCCUCCGGCUGCUGCGCCCGCUGCGUCCUCCGGUUCUGCUGCGUGAGCGUCCAGGCCGCCUACAGGAAGCCCCCUCAGGAGACACUCGAGGAGCUCCGAGCGUUCAUCAGCGACCCGGAGAACGGAAAGUCCCGGCAAUCGGCGGCCGAUCCGGCGGCAGGAAACGGCGAGUCCCAUGAUGCAGCGGGGUCGGACCCGCCGGGCGAGCCCCCGGUCAAACGGGUGAAGCUGGAGCCCGUCGAGCCGGGGGCCCCCGCCGGGGGGGACGUCUCCGCUGCGGUCAAAGUGGAGGAGGAGAAGGAGGAGGAGGCGGCGUCCGGUGUGUGUGUGGCGUGUUUGGGCAUCCUCCAGGAACUCAGUGGCCCCGCUCAGGCUGUAAAGAUAGCAGAGAAAGUCAAGGAGGGGGAGUACGAGUUCGACACCCUGGUUCUGUCGGUGUCUCUGCCCGCUCAGCUGUGUGUGCGCGAGCACUCCUGUUGGCUCCACGUGAAGAAGGAAUCGAGAGAGAAGAGCGCGGCGCUCGGCAAGGACGACGUCAUCCCGGUGAAGGAGGCCUUCAAGUGGAUCAUGCAGGGCCUGGUGGCCAAGGAGCUGGGGGGCGUCGCCGUGGUGAUCAGGAGUUUGUUCGAGGUCAGCGUGGAGUUCACCCACCCGGAGACGGAGGCCGACUGCCACUUCCUAGCGACGACGUGCGCCGGCUGCUUCAAGCCCACCAAGAACAAACAGUCGGUGUUCACCAGGAUGGCCGUGGUCAAAGCCCUGGAGAAGAUAUCGGACGCCGUCUUCCUGAAACACUACACCUUUCCGCCGCCGCGGCCGAGCAGCUGCUGCGUCCCCCGGGACGUCCAGUGUCUCCACGCGUCCGUCUUCGUCGCAGGCCGCUACAACAAGUUCUGCCGCAGCCUGCCUCAGACGCCGUGGGUGAUCGACGGCGAGCGGAGGAUGGAGUCGUCGGUGGAGGAGCUGAUCGCCGCCCCCGUCCUCUCGUCCUUCAGAGCCGCCGGGUUCAACUUCUCGUCGUCGGGGCGCGAGGACGUGGACGUCCGGACGCUCGGGAACGGUCGUCCGUUCGCGAUGGAGCUGCUGAAUCCUCACCGAUCCAAGCUGAGCAAGGAGGAGAUGAAGCAGCUGCAGGAGACCAUCAACAAGUCUUCAGAUAAAAUCCGGGUGAGAGACCUGCAGAUCGUGUCCAGGGAGGCCAUGGGCCGCAUGAAGGAGGGCGAGGAGGCCAAAACCAAGUCGUACACGGCGCUCGUCUGGACCCAGAAGGCCAUCCAGAGCCAAGACAUCGCCUUCAUCGACGCCAUCAAGGACCUGACUCUGGACCAGAAGACCCCCCUGAGGGUUCUGCACCGGCGGGCGCUGGCGGUCCGUCAGCGAGUCGUCCACCGCAUGAACACACGCUACCUGGACCCCCACCACUUCCACCUGGAGCUGAAGACGCAGGCCGGGACCUACAUCAAGGAGUUUGUCCACGGAGACUUCGGCCGCACCAAACCCAACAUGAGCGAGCUGCUGAAGAUGGACACGGACAUCCUGGAGCUCGACGUGGAGUCCGUGGAUGUCGACUGGCCUCCAUCGAUUCCGGAGUGAGCUCCUCUGUCCCCUCACAGGGGGGGGGGGGGGGGGUCUUUGAAGACGCCCCGCUGGAAGCUUCAUGAUCAAAACUUGCCGACUUCCUCUUGGUUGUGUGACGGAGACGAAUGCGCCUCUCUCUGAGGGGGGGGGGGGGGGGGUUUAUGUUGCUAUCGGUUACGGGGAGGAGUUAUUUCUGUUGAAAGGUCAUGAUCUCUGUACGGUGGCCUUAUUGGGACGUCUCAGAUGGACUUCUAUCAGCACCAAAGUCCAUGUAUCUGUAAACGAUAUUUAGUUAUUUGAGGUUCUGUCAUUAAAGGGAACUUGAGUUUAUUCUCUGUAUAAAAGUGUCUUCUCCGAUAUGGUGAGAUAUCUGCUUUAAUUAAUAUUUUUACAAUUGACCUCAUGAAUGGCGUUUUAUCAGAUUGAAUCCGCCUCCCCCCCCCUGGCGGCGUGCUGAGUCACACGUGGACGGCGUGGUCAGCUGACCGAGGAGUCUCCGUCAUACGGCCCGAUGUCUGUGGCACCGGAUACAAAACAUCGAUGUCCUGAUUUAAACAGAAAUGAAACCAUUUCCCUGCAGUGGAUCGUAAACCCGAUCCAAGUCGAGGCCUCGCGUUGCCGCUGAGUGGAAAAUACUGAGACCUGUUUAAGGUUGUCUGUUCGUAGCUUGAACCCGUUUGUCCCAAUAAACAAACCAGCAGGUUGAUUUCAUUUCUUAAAUAAAAUGAAAGAGUCGACAGCAGAAACCCUGAAAUGUAUUUCUUUUAAUUUAAUUCAAAAUAAAUACUACCACAGCAACGCAAGUCCACUACUGAGUUCUUGCCCUAAUGUUUUGGUAAGAAAACAAACAAGCAAACGAUCAAAAAAAAAAGAAAA